UGGACGGAGAUCCUUCUCCAACGCGCGGCGUCCGACCUCUGCAGCCCCGGGUGUCCCCGCGACCGCCGCUGCUGCCCUACUUCGCCGCUUGCCACCUUGGCCGGCGACGAGCACCACCAGGACGCCAGCUUAGGUUAAAAUCAAAAAAUAUUUUGUCGGGCGAAUAAUACAAGGCCUACACCAGAAGGAAUACCCUUGUGCGGCAGGCGAACAGCUGUCUCUAUCUCUCUGCAGUGUUAUUUGGUUUACUAUAUGCAGUUGCAGGGGAGAAAACUAAAGGGUCUGUUCACUGCAGUUAGAAGCCGCAGCUGCUGUACCUGCAGCAGGCUUCUUCUACAGUAUUUACAGUUUAGAAAUUGCAUGCAGCUGCAGAGAACACUCCUAAACAUUAUAGUGGAGAGAGACUUUCGUGUUGUUUUCAUUUAGUUGAUCUAUGGGCACUAACCUGCAGAUAUAUAUUAUAGGUCAAGAAUGUAUUAUCAGGGGCAAGAACUUGCCCUGAUGACAACUAUUUUUUUGUCUUUUUAUUCACUUCUCCUAAUAUUUAACUUUUUUGAGUAAGUGUGCAGAUUAGGUCUUAAAAAGGGAUUGGGAUUAAGAUUUUAUUGCCAGAGCUCGAGCUGUAUAAUUAUCCAUUUACACAGUGGGCUGUACAGGGGGUAAAUUCACAGGAAUAUUACUUGAUGAUCGUAUAAGAUACAUAUGCUGUGAACUCUCUGGUUUGUUUUAGCUGCUUGUGUUUGUUUUUGUCUACUUAAUCUUGCACACUGAGGACCUUAUUGAGGUAUUCCUUGAUCCCCAUGGUUCUAGAUAACAGACAAUGAGUUUAUACCCCCUCUAAUUCAUCUUACAUUGAAGAUGGUUUCUGAUACUAUUCUUGCUUAUGUUUGAAGGUUGUCAGUCUGCGAGUUGAAGCAUGGCGGAGCACUUGGCUUCAAUCUUCGGCACUGAGAAGGACAGGGUCAACUGCCCUUUUUACUUCAAGAUUGGGGCUUGUCGUCAUGGGGAUCGCUGCUCUCGUCUGCACAACAGGCCAACUAUAUCGCCAACUCUUGUGCUUGCUAACAUGUAUCAGCGCCCUGAUAUGAUAACCCCUGGAGUUGAUGCUCAAGGCCAACCAAUUGAUCCUGAGAAGAUGCAGGAGCAUUUUGAGGACUUCUAUGAGGACAUUUAUGAGGAGUUGGGAAAGUUUGGUGAGAUUGAGAAUCUGAAUGUCUGUGAUAACCUUGCUGACCACAUGAUUGGGAAUGUCUAUGUCCAAUUCAGGGAGGAAGAACAGGCAGCUGCAGCUUACAAUGCUCUUCAGGGUCGCUUUUACUCUGGGCGCCCUAUAAUUGUUGAGUAUUCUCCUGUGACCGACUUCCGUGAAGCAACCUGUAGGCAGUUUGAGGAGAACAGCUGCAACCGUGGUGGCUACUGUAAUUUCAUGCAUGUGAAGCAAAUUGGCAGGGAUCUCAGGAGGAAGCUGUAUGGGCGUUCUGCUUCCAGGAGGUACCAUGGGAGAAGCCGAAGCCGAAGCCCCCCACCACAAAGGAGGGGUCAUCGUGACCGUGAUGACUACCAUCACCGUGACCGUGAUGAUUACCGUGGCGGCGGUGGCGGUGGACGGGGAAGAGGUAGCAGGCAUGACAGGUAUGAUGAUGGAGCAGGCAGAGGCGGCAGGCAUGACAGGUAUGAUGAUGGAGCAGGCAGAGGUGGCAGGCAUGAGAGGUAUGAUGAUGGAGGAAGGCGCAGGCAUGGUAGCCCCCCAAGGCGUGCAAGGAGCCCAGUCAGGGAAAGCAGUGAGGAGCGAAGGGCCAAGAUUGAGCAGUGGAACCGCGAACGGGAGGCAAAACAGUGAGCUCUCUGUGGCAACUGUUCUGGGACGAGUGUUAUGCUAUGGACUUGUUGCUUAGCUCGUCUUUCACCGCCAUAUUCUAAGUAUGCUCGUGUGGCUGAUAUUCUGCCUGUCUAAGUAAACCUCAGUUUGUUUUAUGGUUAAAUGAGACAUGUAAACUCGAUUUAUUUCCAUCUGUACUGUUUUGGAUCAUUUGGCAUUAUGUUAUGUUGACAAUUGGUAUCGAAACUUUUGUGGUGUGCUAUUAGCUUAUGAUAAUGUCAGUUGUGGUUUGUCAUUAGAA